UUAUUUUUGUUGACUGUCCAAACACCGAUAUUUGAUUUAUUAUAAUGCUUGUGUCAGAAAAAAGUCCUUUUUGGAUUUUUUUUUCUCCACGAGUGUGCUGCAAGGAUCAUUAUGUGUGUACACAGUGCCUUGAGCAGAAGGACAUGCUUAUUAACAUCAAAGGCACUUUCAGUUCACUUAAAAAUAACAGAGGAGAUGUGACAUAAACUAUCCUAGGUCAAGAAUGUAAAUUAUGCUUGGUCAUGAUUUUCUUUUUAAUGGGCAAGAGUACUAUUUGGGAAAUCACUUUUUGCUCACACUCCUUUUCCUCUUUUUUUGUCCAGUGCAUUCUUCGGCCUUGAGACCUUAUGCUGGAAGUGUGUCAAUACAUUACACAGUGCAUUUAUUUGUUUGAGGGAACACAUGUGGCUUUGGCUAAUGAACACAUUGUGUCAAACUCAGUUAUAAAAACUAAGGCUUAGUAACUUUUCUCCUCGGCUGCCAACUCCCCUUUUAAAUAACAUAUAAUUUCUGUGAGUGUGUAGCUGAUACUGUGCACUGAGGUAUGCAGGCACAGCCCCACUCAGCUGUGACGCUGCUUACUCCUUGCUCAAUAAUCUGGUAAUUACCUGGGCUUUGUGGCAUUGCUUGGGUAUGUAAGAAUUGGGCUUUAGACUGCCAGACUGCUUCGAGUACUUUUGUCCGUAGUAGAGGGGGGAAAAUGAAACAAGAGUUUUAGACUUUGAGGACUCAUUAUGGAAGACUCAGAAGUACAUCACUUCAGCUCAGUGGAAGAGGAAACCAGAUACUGGAAGGAGUUGGCAAUGAAAUACAAGCAGUGUGCUGAGAAUACCCAGGAGGAAUUGCGUGAAUUCCAAGAGGGGAGCCGAGAGUAUGAAGCUGAACUGGAGACUCAGCUGCAGCAAACAGAGUCCAGGAACAGAGACCUCCUGUCAGAGAACAACCGCCUGCGGAUGGAGCUGGAGUCGGUGAAGGAAAAGAUUGAAAUGCAACAUUCAGAAGGAUACAGGCAGAUCUCUGCGCUGGAAGAUGACUUGGCACAGACACGAGCUAUUAAAGAGCAGCUUCAGAAAUACAUUAGAGAACUCGAGCAAGAAAAUGAUGAUUUGGAAAGAGCAAAAAGAGCCACUAUCAUGUCCCUGGAGGAUUUUGAACAGCGUUUAAACCAGGCUAUUGAAAGAAAUGCUUUUCUGGAGAGUGAGCUGGAUGAGAAAGAAAACCUUCUGGAGUCUGUGCAGCGCCUGAAAGAUGAAGCUAGAGAUCUACGACAAGAGCUUGCAGUGCAGCAGAAACAGGAGAAACCCAAAACACCAAUGAGAGCUCCCCUGGAAGGAGAAAGAACAGACACUGCAGUUCAGGCCUCCCUAUCUGUGCCCUCAACACCUGCAAUGCGCCGGACACCCAUCAGCAUUCCCACCCCUGGGACGUUUAGGAGAGGUCUUGAGGACAGUUAUGGUGCAACCCCUCUCACACCAGCUGCAAGAAUAUCUGCACUUAAUAUUGUGGGAGAUUUGCUGCGAAAAGUGGGGGCUUUGGAGUCCAAGCUUGCCUCUUGCCGAAACUUUGUGUAUGACCAGUCUCCAAACAGACCUGCAGUGUCCAUGUACAUGAACAGAGAUGUCCUGGAAACACGGCUGAGUCCUCAUCAGCCUCUGUGUGAUACAGGGUUGGUGAAACGCCUGGAGUUUGGAACACGGCCUUCACACGUCCCAGGACCCGUGAGCCAUCCCUCACAAAGUGUUGUCAAGAUGCUGCUGUGAAAAGCUUGGCUGGCUUUGGGAAAGGAGAAAUGUGUAUUUCAAAGUUUAGUUUUAAAGAGAAUAUCAAUGAGCAAGCAGACAGCAGUGUCAGGGUAGGUGAGAACUGAACAAUUGGCAGUGGCUUCAGGUGGGGCCUCUGGGCAAGUUCUGUGGGUGACAAGGUGUGACAAAGCAAUGCUGACUGUGGCGUGCAGGACUGGGAAUUGCUUCCUGCAUCAGCUACUGUAAAUAGCUCUUUGAAGGUUGCUUCUUUUGACACUACCAAAGCCAUAGUCCCCCUGCCUACAAGACAGCAAUAUUCACUAUGCAGCUUCUCAGGCUUUGGCUUUUGGUGUUAAUACACCACCAGAUCUGGGUGGAAUUCUGCUUUCUACCACGGGUGUUGUGUGCUGCAGUCACCCAGAUUAAAGAGAAAGGUGUAUUUCUGCAGGGGAGCCUCUCAGCUCCUCAUGGGGUGUUUGCUGAUCAGAAUGUUGCUGCACAAUAACCUGCCUCUGUAGUGGCAAGAUGUUUUUGUAGGCAAUGAUUUCUCAUUCAGAACAGGUCAUGGUUAAAGGUGAGACAUGUCUAGUGCUGAGAGUGCUCAGGAGAUCCCAGAGCUAAUAGAAUGUAGACUUUUUUCCUUUUUAUGGUGGUUGUAGGAGGGCAAACUUGAUCAAGUUUCUAGUUCUAACAUCUUGAUAGGUGGGUUUUACUGCUUUACGAACCUCCCUUCACUAAGGUGCCUUGGGUGUUAGUGAUUUUUUAUAUUUUUAUUUUUCUAUAUGAAUAUAUCAGCUGUUACUAAUUUAGAAAUGCUUUUUUAACCUGAAAAGCCCUUUAUGCUAGAGAAGUCUAUAUGAGUAAAGAAUGUUUUUUUAAAAUAAUAUUCUCCCAUAUAGAAUAUUACUGUAUUUGUUUUUUAAAUGGACGAGAUUCAUUCCCAGUGUUAAUGUAUUUUAUGGAAGCCUGUACUUGCAAAAUGAAUUAUGACUAAACAAUUUUUAUGUUUGUUUUUUUUUUUUUGUGACAGGGGAUGGGGAGAGCUUCCUUGACAAAAGAAUGCAUAAAUGGAUUUGAUGGUUUUGGGUGGGUUUUUUUGUUUGUUUGUUUGUGGGUUUUUUUUUUUAGGAAAUGCUGUGCAAACAGCCGCUAAGGCACCUAUUUCUCUAGAAUAUGUAAACCACAGAUCAUUUCUAUUUCUCGGUCCACCUACAAAGUUGGUUUAACUGGGAAACAGAAUAAAGCUUAUUUUGAAUGUGAA